AUGGUUGCUGCCAAAUGGAUUAAGAGUACUUCUAAAGCCGUUAAUGUGCUGUCAACUGUGAAAUCGCCAAAGAAGCUCAGCGAAGGACGAAUUAAGAAACUUCAAAUUGACCAUGGCCGUUCAGUCUCGUCGUUCACCCCGGCCGAGGUGGAAAUGAAGGUCAAAGCGAGAAGGCAUGAACUCGGCGACUCCAAUUUUGAAGUUUCCAGCCCAAAUGACACCACCGUUAAAAUGUGA